CAGCCUGGGUGACAGAGCGAGACUCUGUCUCAAAAGAGUUAAAAAACAAACAAACAAAAAAAUGUAAUGUUUUCUCCCCUAACCUUAAAGAUUGAUUAGAGCACCUCACUUUGAGAACCAUAGUUAGAAAACAAUGUUCAAAUAGAAGCCUAGGAUUCAAGGGAGGACACUGUAAGGAAGACCAUGGACUAGUGGCACUGGAAACAGUAACAAAAGUAAACACUGGGCUCACCUGUAAGUGAUGCUGUAGGUAGGGAUUUGGGCAAGGAGUGAGUGCACAAGAUAAUCCGCAGGGACCAAGGAUUCCUUCCAUGUAAUGGGCAGUUCUUGAGGCUUUGCAAAGUUUGAUUGCUGGUGUGAAGACAGUAGUAAGAUGGACAGCAGAAUGAGGAAAAAGAUGUCCAGGGCCGUGGGAGAGGGCAUAAGGACAGACCGAUAUUGGCAGUGAUGGAGAAGUUGGGAAGAAGUGAAUUAGAAGACCGUGAGCCAAAGCGAAGUAUCUAUUUGUUGCAGUUCCGGCAGGGUUGUUUCUGUUCCGCUUUCCUGCUUUCACUCUUUUCCUGGGGACUCUGUCUUUUCCUCCUGCCACACCUCUUAAACAUUGGUCUAUGUAAAUGACAUUCUCACAUUAAGGGCUGCAAAGAAAUUGCUAAGGAGCCAGGUAAACAGUUUUUGAUUGCAAGCAACCUUCACCUUUGUGACAAAUUGUACAAUCAAAAAACUCGCAGGCAGGUGUGGGCAACGCCAGCCCCACACGGAGGAACCGGGCACGUGGGGCGUGGACAGCUGCCUAUUUUCUACGCGUGCGCCCUUUAAGACCAGGCGGUGCAGUGGAAGCGCGUGAGCAGCACGUGACAGCGCUGGGUGUCUCAGUGCGGCUGCGCGGCCAUGGACGUGGGUGCCAAGGAGUUCGAGGAGAGCCUCCCUCUGCUGCAAGAGCUUGUCCAGGAGUCGGACUUCGUGGGUCUGGACAUAGAAUUCACGGGCCUUCGUUCUAACCUGUCUGGGCCCCAGCAGAUCAGUCUUUUUGAUUUGCCGUCGGAGUGGUAUCUAAAGACCCGCCAGAGUGUUCAGCAAUUUACAAUCUGUCAGAUUGGAUUGUCUAUGUUCUCCGCUAUUGAAGGAGAAGCAAACAAGUACGUAGCUCAUUCGUGUAACUUCUUUCUCUUCCCUACGACAUUUGGGAUUUUGGACUCAGAAUUCUCUUUCCAGGCUUCCAGUGUUCAGUUUUUGAAUCAGUAUGGCUUCAACUAUAACAAGUUUCUCAAAAACGGAAUCCCAUAUAUGAAUGAAGAACAGGAGAAGAAAAUUAGACAUGAUAUCCUGAGUGGGAACUGGAGAGUUCGCAGCUCUCUGGAUAAAGACCAAAUCAAGGUGGUGAUUGAUGAAGUGACACGAUGGCUGGACCUGGCCAAGGAAGGCGACUGGAUGACUCUUCCUGGGAUUGCUGGCUUCCAGGCCUUUGAGGUCCAGCUGGUGCUGCGGCAGGCCCUCCACAACAUCUGGACGGUGCUGAAAGAUGACGGGGUGGUAGUGAAGAAAGUGAGUAAACAACAUCGUUGGUAUCUUCAGAGCACCUCUUGUGACCGAGAGAGCUGUUGGAAGGAAAAUAUUCUUCUCUCUGCAAAGGGUUUUUCUGUCUUUUUCCAUAUGCUGGUGAAAGCCCAGAAGCCCUUAGUGGGACAUAACAUGAUGAUGGACCUGCUGUACCUACAUGAGAAGUUCUUCAGACCCCUGCCAGAAAGCUACGAUCAAUUUAAGCAGAAUAUCCACAGCCUGUUUCCUGUUCUCAUUGAUACCAAGAAUGUAACAAAGGAUAUCUGGAAGGAGAUGAAUUUCCCAAGGGUGUCGAGUCUUUCCGAAGUCUAUGAAGUCCUGAACAGUGACUUGAAUCCAACCAAGAAUUCUGGACCAGAGAUUGUUCAUGCAAUCAGCUGUGAGAAAUACGUUGAGACAAAGUGCCCCCAUGAAGCUGCAUAUGAUGCCUUCCUUUGUGGGUCAGUUCUUUUGAAAGUGGCACAUUUACUACUACAGAAAGUGCACAGGAUUGACCCCGUUCCCGAGUCGACCUUUCCUCAGUACCUCGAUGUGCUGGCUCCUUACGUGAACCAAGUGAACCUCAUCCGAGCGGGGGUCCCGAAGAUUAAUUUUUCUGGUCCAGAUUAUCCCAGUAUCCGACCUCCCAUCCUCAUCCUCAGCGUCAAAAGGUGGCCUGGGGUCAGCGAGCAGCAAGUCUACCAGAAGUUUCAGAAUCUCUGCAAGUUUGAUGUCAGGCGACUCACACGAAGCCAGUUCCUACUCCUGACCAAUAAGUUUAAGGACGCACGGAACAUCCUGAAGGAGUACCGGAGCCACCCAACCCUGCGCGUCUCCCUGUACCGCUACUGGAGGCACUCCCCAGACGUCAACUGCCUGCUCCAAGUCUGUGGCAUCAUGACGGCCUGGGCCCUUCUCGCCUUCAUCCUCGGAAGAUCUGGUCCCUGAGCACAGCGAGGCCUCCUGCGGCCACGCUCGGUCGCCAAGCUCUCUGGGAGGUGGGCUGGGUGUGUUCGUAUAAAUCAGGUUCUGUUUGCAGAUGGAUCUGUUUGGUCUUUUCUGGAAAUUCUGUUACGUCCUGAAUGUGAAAUUCCGUCAACACUAUCAAUGAUAAAUCAAUCCUUGGGUAUCGUA